GUCGCGCAAACGACACGCGUGUAUCGUUUGCCUUCACUUCACAACAGUUUUACAACGUGUUGGAGCGGUUGUGUGUUCGCUUAUUUACUGUUAAAUAGUCAGUUUUCACUUUCGUAAUUCCUGUGUUACAAUAAUACAACCGUCCUUUACAUUCUCUUUGUAAAAAUAGAGACAACAAUCAGUUUUAAUAUUAGUUGAAAAUCAAACAAACGUUUAUCGUGACCUGUGACAUUAGUGAUUAGUGUUUGAAUCAAAGACCUUGAAUUAUCUAUUCGCGAGAAGAAAAGAUGUUAAGCAAAUUGACGAAAAGUUAAAGUGUUUUAGAAAAUAACAUUGAAAAAUGUCAGAGGCAACAGAAAAAGGAAAACAAAAAAUGUCACCAUUCUUCAGACAGUUGGUGGCUGUGAGCGGCGUGGUGCUGUACAUGAUCGGCACCGGCGCCAACAUAGCGUAUCCCGGCGUGCUGCUGCAGCAGCUGCGUCUGCCAGACUCCGUCAUGCAUCUUACGCCAGAACACGAGUCCUGGAUAGCUUCAAUCCUCGGCCUGGCUCUCAUCUCUGGUAUUUUGGUGGCGCCAUUCAGUCUUCAGAAGUUAGGUCGGAAGCUCACUAACCAGUUGAGCACGUUGCCUGCUAUGGGUGGCUGGGCGCUGCUGGUGGCUUCUAAAGGACCGGCCGCAAUCCUAGCUAGUAGAUCCUUGCAGGGUUUUGCUAUGGGUCUUCAAGCUGCAGCAGCACCGGUGACUAUCGCGGAGUAUUCCUCACCGAAGUACAGGGGAGCCUUCCUCGCGACUAUCGCCUUUUCAUUUGCUACUGGUAUGCUGGUGGCACACAUUUUUGGCACACUUCUCUAUUGGAGAACUGCAGCAGUUGCUUGCGGAAGCUUCUACUUUUUUUCUCUCAUACUCAUCUCAAUAUCACCAGAGACUCCACCAUAUUUAGCUGCUAAAGGGAAGAACAACGAAUGUCGCAAAUCAUUUCGAUGGUUUAGAGGGAACGAUGAAAAUUCCCAGAAAGAAUUAGAAGUUUUAUUAAACAGUCAAAAGAAGAAAUUAACACCAAAAGUUGCUAAAUUCACUUUCUACAGACAGAUGAUAACUAAACCUGAAUUUUAUAAGCCGACCGUCAUCAUGAUGUUCAUGUUUGUGCUAUUUCAAAUAUCUGGAAUGACUGUUGUACCAUCUUACACUGUUCCUAUGAUGGAAGAUGUAUCAGGUGGUACUAUCGAGGCUUACACCAGUAUGCUUAUGGUUGACGUCGUCAGAUUUGUGACGGCAAUCAUAGCUUGCGUUGUUGUAAACAAAUUAAAAAGAAGAACCGUUCUUUUCUUAGGAAUUAUAAUCAGUGUUAUAUCACUUUUGACCGCUGCAUUACUCCUUUAUUUACGAGAUUUCGGAUAUAUUGCUGAAGAAUAUAAAUGGACCCCUGUUGUUCCUACACUUUGUUACAUUUUUGGUAAAACCCUCGGCAUCUUACCAAUACCUUGGGCGAUCGCUGGUGAAAUCUUUCCCCUGGCAUACAGAAGUAUUGGCAGUGGUAUUUCUGGAAUGUUCCUUUCUGUUAUGUUCUUCGUCGUUGUUAAAACCGCACCGACAUCGUUCAGACAAAUUGGGAUUAACGGGACAUUUUGUGUUUAUGGUAUUAGCAUCGCUAUUUGUGGGGUUUUCUUGUUCUUUCUAUUACCAGAGACAAAAGGGAAGACUUUGUACGAGAUUGAAUGUCACUUCCGUGGAGAAAUAGAGAAAGAAGUGUGCGAGAGGGACAUGAUGUUGGAGCUGCGGAAGGUGGAAGAGGGUUGAGGAGGAGAACGGGGAACAGAGGAAAUGCUUUCCAGCUCUUGGGCUGGCCCCGUUGGCAGGAGGAGAAUAUCGGCUAAUCGUAGUUUUAAUUAGUGGAACAAGGAGUCUUUUGACAGCGACAAUCUCGUUAAACAACGUCUGUUUUAACCCAAGGGUUUUUUUUCGCUAUUUUAAGAUUUCUUGUUUAAUAUUAAAUAAAGAUGACAGUUGACAGGUAUAUAAU